GUUGGGGACUGCUGCUGUAGCAGGCCGUUCUGGAGGGAGGUAGUGAGUGGACAGUCAACUUAAAUCGGCCAGCGCCUCACUUGUUCUUCGCCACUGACCCGGCGACCAUCCCGAAAUGUCGAGGAGACGGCACAGCGACGAUAAUGACGGGCAACCUCACAAGAGGAGGAGGACAUCUGAACCAAUCGAAAUUGAAGAUCGAUUGGAGUCUUUGAUAUGUCGCGUAGGAGAAAAGAGCACUUCUUCAUUGGAGAGCAAUCUAGAAGGUCUAGCGGGUGUUUUGGAAGCUGAUCUGCCAAACUAUAAAAGUAAAAUCUUGAGAAUACUUUGUGCAGUAGCAAGACAGCUUCCUGAAAAAUUACCUGUAUACACAACACUGGUGGGUCUGCUAAAUGCCAGGAAUUACAACUUUGGUGGUGAAUUUGUCGAAGCUAUGAUCAGACAGCUUAAAGAAACUUUGAAAGCCAAUUUGUACAAUGAGGCAGUUUUUGCUGUUCGUUUUCUGUCUGAUCUUGUGAAUUGUCAUGUGAUUGCUGCUCCAUCAAUGGUGGCAAUGUUUGAAAACUUUAUCAGCGUAACUCAAGAGGAGGAUAUACCACAGGUACGCUCUGACUGGUAUGUGUAUUCGGUGCUUUCUUCUCUUCCCUGGGUUGGAAAGGAGCUGUAUGAGAAAAAGGAUGUAGAGAUGGAUCGAAUUCUUUUGCAAAUUGAAAGUUAUCUAAAGAAACGCCAAAAACAUCAUGUCCCAAUGCUACAAUGCUGGACUGCCGAACAACCGCAUGUACAGGAAGAGUAUUUGGACUGUCUAUGGGCACAAAUUCAGAAGUUGAAAAAGGAUCGUUGGCAGGAGAAACAUAUCUUGAGACCAUAUUUGGCUUUUGAUAGCGUACUCUGUGAAGCCUUGCAGCACAAUCUGCCGCCUUUUACUCCACCACCUCAUACAAAGGACUCUAUCUACCCUGUGCCACAUGUCAUUUUCAGAAUGUUUGACUACACAGAUGCCCCUGAGGGUCCAGUCAUGCCUGGCAGCCACUCUGUUGAAAGAUUUGUAAUUGAGGAGAAUCUCCGUUGUAUUAUCAAAUCUCAUUGGAGGGAAAGAAAAACAUGUGCUGCACAGCUGCUUAGCUAUCCAGGAAAGAACAAGAUUCCUCUGAAUUACCAUAUAGUAGAGGUUGUCUUUGGAGAACUUUUUCGGUUGCCCCUACCUCCUCAUAUUGAAGUCAUGUAUACAACAUUGUUGAUUGAACUCUGCAAACUACAGCCUGGCUCUUUGCCACAAGUUCUUGCACAAGCCACAGAGAUGUUAUACAUGCGGAUCGAUUCAAUGAAUACAAUUUGUGUGGACAGAUUUAUCAACUGGUUUUCUCAUCAUUUGAGUAACUUUCAAUUCAGAUGGAGCUGGGAUGAUUGGUCUGAUUGUUUGGCUCUGGAUCCUGACAAAGCCAAACCGAAGUUUUUGCGUGAAGUGUUGGAGAAAUGUAUGAGGCUUUCCUAUUAUCAAAGAAUAGUGGACAUUGUGCCGGAGAACUUUGCUGCCCUAUUGCCAGCAAAUCCCUUGUGUGUUUACAAGUAUGGUGAUGAGAGCAACAGUUCUCUGCCUGGCUAUGCUGUGGCUGUCAGUGUAUGCAGUGCUAUUAAAAGCAAAGCAAGUAAUGAUGAAAUCUUGAGCAUACUAAAAGAUCUCCCAAAUCCUAAUCAAGAGGAUGAUGAUGAUGAUGAAGGUUUCAGCUUUAAUCCUCUGAAGAUUGAAGUUUUUGUACAGACCUUACUUUACCUGGCAUCCAAGUCCUUCAGCCAUUCCUUCAGUGCUUUGGCAAAGUUUCAUGAGAUUUUUAAGACUUUGGCUGAAGGUGAUGAGGGCAAGUUACAUGUACUAAGAGUCAUGUAUGACGUUUGGAAGUGCCAUCCUCAGAUGAUGGCUAUGUUGGUUGAUAAAAUGAUCCGAACACAGAUUGUAGAUUGUGCAGCAGUGGCAAAUUGGAUCUUCUCUUCAGAGAUGGCACAUGAUUUCACCAGGUUGUAUGUCUGGGAGAUUUUACACUCAACCAUCCGAAAGAUGAACAAGCAUGUACAAAAGGUGCAAAAAGAACUUGAAGAAACUAAAGACAAACUGGAUAAGCAGCACAAAAGGCGAGACAGUGAUGAUGACUAUGACCAGAAUAGUGAUGACGAUGAGGAUGGUCCUUUGGAAGAACAAAUUGAACGUCUUCAGGAGAAAGUUGAGUCUGCUCAGAGUGAACAGAAAAACCUCUUUCUUGUAAUUUUCCAGCGUUUUAUAAUGAUUUUGACAGAACAUCUUGCAAGGUGUGAAACUGGUGGGAUUGAUUUUAACACACCCUGGUAUAAGAACUGCAUUGAACGAUUGCAGCAAAUCUUCCUCCAGCAUCACCAGAUCAUUCAACAGUACAUGGUCACUCUGGAGAACCUGCUCUUCACGGCUGAGCUGGACCACCACAUACUGGCUGUCUUCCAACAGUUCUGUGCCCUUCAGUAAUGGCGAUUGUAUUACAGCUCAAUGAACGUUUUCAAAUCCUCAGUGUUUUUUGACACCUCUUUUAAUCCUGCAUUGGUGAAAACUGACUCAAACAAGCAACAUUCUUGUAUUAAUAAUAUCCCUUUUGCCUAAUUAUCAGUGAAACCAUGGAGCAUGAAGAAAGUUGCCAUUCACAUUAGAAAGGAUUUUUCUUCUAAAAGAAUAGAUCUUAUGGAAUAGUUAGAAGCUUUAGAGGCUCAAGAGAUGAAUAUAUAUAGUUUGAUUCAAAUUUUGGUAUUCACCCAAAUUUUAAAUUUGCUUUGUUCUCCUUGGUUUGGUUGUUUGAUACAGUGUUUUCUGCAUCUAACUAAUACCUGCUCUUAUCCUCAUGAUCUAUCUUACAGUUUGUAAAUUAAGUUGCAUGUUGUAACUUGUCUGAGAUUGUGCUCCUUAUUAGUAGACCAAAGUUUUGAAUUUAGAUGUUGUAUUGUGUUCUUUUGAGCUUCGUAACGGCAAAUAGGCAUUUCUACUGAUAUCAUUGGGGAUACUGUCACUUUUUAUAAAAAGAAAAAGGUUUGUUAUUUUUUAAACUUUACACUUCCAUACAAGCCUCAUGCAGAAAGUGGGAAAUGGAGAGAUGAAGUUCUCACUAUCUCACUAUUGGAAAAGUAAUAUUUUUUUACAGAUUUAAUGAAAAUGCAUUGAUUCUAGGAUAAUAGCAAUCUUAUUAGUUAUUGGGUCCACUCACUUUCAAACCUGACUGUUUACAAAAACAUUUCAAGACCUGUGUUUUUUGGACUGGGUGGGGGGUGGGGGUGGUGGUGCUGACUGACCUGUGUGUGUGUGUGUGUGUGUGUGUGUGUGUGUGUGUGUGUGUGUGUGUGUGUGUGUGUGUGUGUGUGACAGAGAGAUGGAGAGCAAUGAGUCUGAAAGAACCAUGCUGUCUACAGUAGCAGAGUGCCAAAGUUUUUGAUUGCAUUCAUUGUGAUCCAGCACCCAUGGCUGCAUCAUCUCUAAACCCAGAGGAUCCCAACUGUUCCCAAAUAAAUGACAAUACGACUUGCUGGGAAAUGUGGGUUUCGGACUUUGAGUCUUCCAACUUCAGGAAAAUUACAUCUACAAAACAGAGGCAAAUGGGAAAACAUUUUUAGGGUCCCAGCUUUGUUAUCCAAUUAAAUCAUUCUUUCCAAACCACUUUUUAUCCCAUCCAUCGGAUUGUAUAUAAAACAAGAUAUCAUUUCUAAGGUUCGUUAUUUUAAAAGAAACCUUGACAUGUCUUAUUCUACAUGGAGAAAUUCUGGCAAUACCUGUACUCAGAGACAUUUUAGAUAAGUAAAGUUUGAAUACUGCAAAGUUACAGAUGAUGCUACAAUUUUGAUUAAAUUUUUAAAAUAUUUUACAGAACCUUAAACUCGCCAUAUUCU